GAACCAGAACCCUUCUCGAUGGAGGGCAAUGAUGGAGGUGGAAAAGAGGGAGAAGGAGAAUAAAAAGUUCUGCGGACUGUUUGGCUUUAAGAAAAAAACAGCGAUGGAGAAACGGACGGAGGAUUGUGAAAAGUAUUGUCUCAGGCGCGGAAUUGUGUCUGUUAUAGUCGGAUACAGUAGAUGCUUCAUGUGUCUUUGUUUUAGUGUUACAUUUUGUUUUCAUGUUAUGAUUGUUAAUAUGAACACAUUUGCUGACAAUAUGUUAAAACAUUUGAUAGAAUAUAAAAUCUGAUUUAAAAAUAUUACUUUCCAGAUAAUGCUUUGUCAUAAUUCUCUAAUGAGUCAAAGGGAUCGACCUCUAUAGGUCAAGAAUAGGCCUACAUACAAACUCAAUGGGCCAUUCGUUGAGGCAUUCUACUUUACAUUCUACCUUAGAUAUAUGUCUAUAUUUGGCUCUGCUUCAUAAACAUGAAGCUCAAGGUUAAAGCUCUUAGGCGUUGUCUAUUGACCCGGAACCAUAUCUCAACAGUAGAGGAGGUGUGUGCUAUCCAGUUUGCUCUGUAUAUCACUCAGGAAAUAAGUCAAUCUGUAACUGCAUCUAAAAUAGGAAGAGAUAGCAGUGUUGCCAUGCAAGGAUUUCUCUUUUCUGGGUCCUCUACAUCUGUUAUUUCAUUCUAAUAUGAUGUCAACAUGAUUAGUUUGUAUAAAAAAGUCACAAUUAUUGACAAUACUUUCGUUUUUGAUCAACUGUUUCAAAACAAAUCUAUUAUUAACAGUUAAAAAAACAAUAUCUGAUUAUUUUAAAGAAUACGUUGGCCUUUAUAUUUUUAUUUAUAUUCUGCACGUGGUACAGUGGAGACUAGUGUUUUUAGAGCAUUAAACAAACUCAGUUGGUGUUGCACAUUGCACUGGCCACACCUACAGUAGCACAAAGCAAAGAGAAACCAAACAGAAUGAACAUAUUUGCCUGCGUCACUCCUCACAAUAACAUGCGACUUACUGUUAAUGCCAGCUCAAGAACUGAACCACUAGCGUUACAAGGAAAUGUUAACGUGCAUGUCUGCCCGCUUCUGCGCAUGCCGUACUGUUAGCUAUUGGAAACUGAGAAUUAUCAAAAAUAAUAGAAAUACAGCUAAAGAACAGCAUGUGAGAGGAAACCUCUGAGAGCCGACAUUAAAACAAAGUUAUUUACCUGUGCAAUGGCGAGUGAACGCUCCCCAAAUGUUUAUGGGGGUCCUCCUCCCCAGUCAGAUCUUAGACUCGUGCUGCUUGGGAGAGUGGGAGCUGGGAAGAGUACAGUUGCCAAAACCAUCCUGGGCAGAGAUAACUUCCGGAGUGAAGGAGGCAUGUGUGUCAAGAAGCAGGGUGAGGUGGCUGGAAGGACCGUCACUGUGGUAGACACACCUGGCUGGGACACUGUGAAGCGCACAUCCACACAUAUCAAAAAAGAAAUUAAGAAUAGUGUAACCCUAUGUCCUCCAGGACCCAAUGCUCUUCUUCUGGUGGUGCCAAUGGGCGAGCUGCUCUCCUCCACUGAUAGAAAGGCAAUUCAGUAUCACGUGGAGCUACUGUCAGUUAGGGCAUGGAAGUUUACCAUGGUCUUGUUUGUCAGUGAGGCUGAGGAGAAAUGCACAUCCAUUGAACAGAAUCAGCUGAUUGACAGAGCAAAAAGCCUUCUAGUGAAAUGUGGAGACAGACACCAUCUCCUUGAGUGUGGGAAUUCUCCUUCCCAGAUUCCUGAGCUCCUGAAAAAGAUAGAUGCUAUGGUAGCUGAAAACUGUGAAGAAUUCUUCAUCCCCCAAGUAUACUAUGAACUGAUGGAGACUACAAUGCCAAGAGAAGUGACCGAGCUGAGAAGGAUGUAUGAAGACAGAGAGGACAGACUGAAACAGAAAUUCAAAAGAGAGUUAAAGGAAAAAGAAGAAGAGCUGAAGAAGUAUAAAGAAGAGAAGCCUAAAGAAGGGUUGAUGAAGAGGACGAGUAGCAGUCAACUACUUCCCCCCAGUAGGGUGAGUUUCUUGGAGGGCAAAGAGGACAUUUUCCAGGACUGGAGGGAGAAGUUCCUGAAUACAUAUAAGACUGGACUCAUGUUCUGGCCAUUCAUGCAGUUCCUGAACUUUUCCCUGGUGCCACUGUACAUGCGGACCACCUUCACAGGGUGCUGUGCCUUCGUCUGGGCCACCUUCCUGUGUUUCUCACGUCAGAGUGGGGACGGCACGGCCACCGCCGCCCUCGCAUGGAUGUUUACUCCAAAACAGGGCACGACGACAGAGCCUGAAGCGGAGAAACCAGGACCCAAACUGGACCAGACAGGGCCCAAACUGGACACAGAAGGACCCAAACAGGAGAGCCCAAGCCCCAAAGAGGAGACACGAACACCCACUGUUAAGCAGGACGACCAAGCAUGAACAAAGGAGGUGGAGGCUAGUUUGAACAAGGGCGCACAAACUGACACAACACCUAGCCAAGAGAAGGGACCACAGACAAGCACUGACUCAAAAUGAAUCUCUGGUAGAUUCUGGUUCUAUAGAAUCUUCAGAUAAGAAUUCCAUCUAUUUAUGAAUCUUAUACCUCAAAAUGUUCUCAUCUUGAAAAGUUCAAUUCCAAUGUGCUAUGCUACUGCACAAGAUAUCGGCAGGGUGUAACGUAUUGCUAUACAAAGGGGCUUUGUAUUUAUUGAACUGUUAUUGAUAACCAUUGGAUCCAGCAUUCUUGAACAAACCAUAUUUGAACAUAGAAGUGCUUGUACUACUGUACCUAUUUUGAUCUCCCCCCCUUUCUCUCUCUCUCUCUCUCUCUCUCUCUCUCUCUCUCUCUCGCUCUCUCUCUCUCUGUCCCCCUCUUGACAAACAACGUGUACACUCAGUGUGUUAUACUCUGUAGGCUAUUUUACAUUUUCUGCUCUUAUCUCUGAGGUCUGAAAGAAGAGUAUGCAUUUCCAAUGAGCAUUGAAUCAUAGUGAUAGACUAAUCUUGUUAUUUAUUUGUUUGCAAUAUUUCCUAUCUCUCAUCAUCACAUAUUGCUGACAACAUUAAUAAUUUAUCAAAUCUAUAGUAAUAGAUACAUAUGUUAAUACUAUUUACAAUAUUUGGUAAUCAAUGCCCAAUAUAGAUUUUUGCUUGAAAUGAUCAUCCGUUACAAAAUGUUUGAAAACAUUUUCUGUUGCAUGUCCUACCGAACAUAACCCUGAAGUGGCUCCUACACAGAUGAUAUUGACAUCACAGAUCUGCUUCCCCUCAGACAUCUGCUUCCCCAAGCAGACAUCUGUGUCUGUACUGUAUGUCUUAAUAACUGGGAUUACAUUAGAUAUUAUGUGGAGAACGCUGAAACUAUUGCUGUUUUCAUGAUAUAUAUUAUAUUUCCUAUCAUGUCUGUACAUGAUCCAACUAGUACAUAAUGUUUAGCAGAGCAUUAGGUACUAUAGGGCUAUAUUCAAUUGUUUUUAUCUGUGGGAUCAAUCUAUAAACAUCUGUCUUUCUACUAGUACACAAUUGUUAUACAUUGUAAUACGAUUAAUAUGAUAUUUUACUAAAUAUUUCGAAUGUAGGCCUAUUGGUGCACAUCAAUCCAAGUCUAUUGUGAG